AUGACACACUAUCAAUCUGCAAUAGCAGGGGAAAGCUCAACAAGUGGUGAAAGGAGCUCUACUACGUCGUCAAGAAAUAACGAAUCCUGGAUCCGGUCGGCUCGCCGUUGGUUUACAAGAACCAUUGGAUCCACCAAAGGCGAAUCAGCUCCUUUGAUCAAUCCUAACAAAGGCGUUUUGGAACUACCACGUCUUACGACACGCAAGAUCCUCGUUAGUGUGUCGACCAUUGUGCUUGCGAUUUUCGCAUUGGGUGCUUUACUAGUAUACAUGCUCUUUCACCGCCAGCAGCAAGUUGACUUUGAAAAUCUGAUGAUGCAGAUCCCGACGAGUGCUAGUAUCAUGGAUCAUUUGCGAUAUUAUACAUCGGAUACCCAUCUUGCUGGUACCCAAGGUGAUAAGCUGCAAGCUGAAUGGACACGCAAUCGGUUUCUAGAAUAUGGCAUCAGCAAUACGACGAUUGAAACCUAUUACCCACUCCUCAAUUAUCCACUUGAGCGACGAGUAGCCAUUGUAUCAGGACCCGUUGAAUUGCAAUACGAGGCCAAACUUGUUGAGGAGGCGGUAGAUGAAGAUGAAUCCAGCAAAAAAGGUGUAUCAAUGCCCGCGUUUCAUGGCUACUCCAAGAAUGGAACAGCUUUGGCACCUAUCAUUUACGCCCAUUAUGGUCGCAUCAAAGAUUUUCAAUAUCUUAUCGCUCAGGGUGUACAAGUGAAUGGAACCAUUGCAUUGAUACGGUCAACGACUUCCCCGUCUCUAGGACACAGUAUACGCUCAGCGGAAAAAUUUGGAUGUGUUGGCGUGCUUACAUACCCUGAUCCAGUGGAUGAUGGACCAAUCAACAAAGAUGGCUAUCCACAUGUCAGCCCAGCAAAGGCGUAUCCUGAAGGUCCAUGGCGUCCUUCUAGUUCUGUGCAACGUGGAUCUGCUCAAUUUUCACCCAUGUUGGCAGGUGAUCCUACAACACCUGGAUGGGCUGCUGCCGAGAAUGCAUCAAGGGUUAGCCUCGACGAGUCAAUUGGUGUACCACGUAUACCUUCCUUACCCAUUUCAUACGAAGAUGCAUUGCCACUUUUGAAAGCUGUCGAAAAUCGUGGAUCAUGCAAUGGUGAUGAAUGGCAUGGAGGAUUAAAUGACAUCACUUAUUGCAGUGGACCAAGUGAAGGAGAAGUGCAUUUAGUCAACAUUGUCGAGAACAAGCAUACGCCAAUUUGGAAUGUAAUUGGUCGUAUUCAAGGAAAGGAGGAACCUGAUCAUGCUGUAAUCUUGGGUAACCAUAGAGAUGCUUGGGUUUAUGGUGCUUCGGAUCCAUCAUCAGGAGCAGCAACAAUGCUUGAGCUUGUAAGGGCACUUGGCGUAUUAUUGAGUAAAGGAUGGCAACCUCGUCGUACCAUCAUUAUUGCAUCCUGGGAUGCUGGCAGCUUUGGCACAGUUGGGUCCACUGAAUGGGUUGAAGAUCACAAGGAUUGGCUUGCCAAGGAAGCUGUUGCUUACAUUAAUGUGGAUGCUGGUGUGCAAGGGCCAUACUUUUUUGCAGAGGCAUCCCCUACUCUUAAGCAGCUCAUUCAUGAAGUUACACAAUCAGUCAUUGAUCCUGGCUCGAAUGGCGACCAAACCAUCUAUGAUACAUGGCUCACCUAUGCCAAUCAUACACGAGGGACACCAUUGGAGACACCACCUGUGGAUUAUCCAAUGAAUUCAAGAUCGGAUGUUACUGCAUUUCUCAGCCAUGUUGGUAUUGCGAGCAUGCAUUUUGGAUUCUCCGGGGACAUGGGAGUACGCUACAGUGCAUAUGACAGCUUUCACUGGAUGGAAAAGUUCGGCGAUCCCACUUUUGAAUAUCAUGCAACGUUAACCAAGAUCUGGGGCCUGUUAACUUUCCACCUUGCACAUGAUCGCAUUUUGCCCAUGUAUCCACAAGACUAUUAUACCGAAGUGAAUCAGUACAUUGGUGAUUUAUUAUCAACGACGACAACAAUGGGUAACGGGGUACAUCAACAAAUCGCCGAUCUAUCUCAUGGACCUUUUCACAAGCCAUUGAAAAAGCUGAGGAAACGAUCUCGUAAAUUUGAGCACAAGCGAGAAAAGCUAAAAAGUUCCCUUGAACCUUACAUAAAUCGCCAUGAUGAUCAAUUACCUGAAGACGUGCUUAAACAUCUGAUUAAGGCCAACAAGCGACUCAUGUACUUUGAACGUGGAUUUGCCAGCAACGAAGGGAUCCAAGGCCGUGAAUGGUUUAAGCAUGUCAUUUAUGCCCCCAAUUUAUACUCGAACACUCCUGCUGUCCAAGUACUUCCAGCUAUUUGGGAUGCCUAUGUAUCCAAUGAUACAGAGAUUAUUCAACAGGCUGUUUCUAUGACAGCUUCCAGUAUCCUUGAUGCAGCAUCUAUUCUUAAGCAUGACUACUAA